GCCAGAGAAAAUAGCUUGUUUUAGAAUGGCAAACCAAUGAUGUUCAUUUGUUUUACUUGAUGGCCAAAUCCCGUGUAGGUCAGACCCAUUCAACUCUUUUAUUUUAUGGUUAGCGGUUAGCCAUUAGAUACCAUUCAUUAGUUUAUUGUUAAAUUUUUUAUUUUUAACAAUAAAAGGAGUAUUAUUUUUGCCUUUUCAUAUAUAUUUUAUCACCACGGAGAAAUAAAAGGGAUUAAAGAAAAAAAUUGACACUCUUGGACCCGUUUAAAUCCGCAUGUGUACGGUAAGUUGGCCCGUUCCACAGAGGAAAGAGAAAAAAAAUUGACACUCCCUAUUCUACCCUUCCUACAAACGCUCCUGGAACAGGGAAUUUGAAAUGGGGGAAGAGUUUUUUCCUCCAUGCUAUUAUAUGUUUUUAAUUUAAAAAGAUACAACAAAUCUACUUAGUGUGAUUGGUUAUGAUCCUUGCUUUUCUAUAAAAUGGUCAUGGUUCGAAUCCUAGUACAUGUCUUUUUAAUGAUUAAAAAAAAGUUAUUGUGAAGACCAAAAUGUCCUUCCUACUUUCACUCUCGUUGCAGGAAAUUUGAAAUGGGGAAGCUGUUUUCCCCUUCGGCGUAUUAUAAGUAUAGUAGAAGUAGAUUCUCGUAUAGGUUUUACCUUUUUAAUUAGGUACUAUCUAAUGGUUUUGAACCUCGGACCUUCAACUUCAAUGAGUGGUAUAAUCACUAUUCUCGUAUUAUAAUCUUGCCAAGGAUAAACAGCAGUAAUGUUUUCAAUGGGAGAAGUGUAGAUUAUGCAUUUGAUUUCAUUUUUAUUUUUGAAUGGAAGACUUAUUUUCUUUCUUUUGUUUUCUUUUUCGGGGCGAGCAUGGGUACUUUCAUCGACCUAACCUACCCUAACUCGCCUCAUUCUUGACCCAUUCUUGUCUAAAUUACUUGUAAUCUUAGUCAAAUUACUUAGGAUUUUCCUUUUAUUACAUCAUAUUUUAGCUCUAAUAAAGUUGUAAGUUAGUGAAAACCUCAAUUUCUCCAAUAAUUUAACUACAUUUAUCAUAACAUUGUUUGUUUCCUUGGUCUUAUAAUAAAUAUUUAUUAUAUUUUCAUAUAAAUUGCAUACCCAUUGGGCCGACCUAUCCCGACCCGCAACACGUAAUAAAUUACCCACCCUGCCACGGGACGGUUCUAGAUACCAAAAACUGAAAAAAGUGAAAACCCAUCCCUCCCGUACCUGCCCAUUAUCAUUCUUAGUAACAUGACACAAUCGCACUACAACUCUAAUGCUACACAGAGAUAAUGAUAGUAAUUAACAUGUUUAUUUACCAACUAAUAAUUAAAUCUAUCUCUUCAGUAAUAUUCCCAAUUAUACUAACCUAAUCUAAACUACGUAAAAGAAGCAGAGGCAGGGCAGUGUGAACGGAACAGAGAAGAAGAAUACAAAACAGGUUCACGAGACACUACAUGCCAAAGGAAACGCCUCCUCCGCCUCCCAACCUACAUCUCUAGCUGCUCUCUCGUCAGUCGUCACUCUGUCUCUGAAUCCGUCUUCUGCUAAACUUUUCCUAUAAAAUUUAGAGCCUGUACCUUCUUUUUUUUUCUCACUCUCUUCUGCAGCAAACUCCCUCGAUCGCUAGCUCCCUACCCAGAUCAGAUCUCCUCUACUCCCCAAAACCAGCAGAGAUCGAUCGAGAUAUGGCAGCUUCUUGUCCCUUUUUGCUUAUGCUUCUACUCUUCUCCGUCGUGCUUUCCUGUUUUAGCACCACCGCCGUCGACGGCCUCAACGUCGGCGUCCAGGCCAUCGACCGCCCCGGCGUCGUUCUGAGUAAGGACUGCAGCAGAAAAUGCGAGUCGGAGUUCUGCUCCGUGCCGCCGUUUUUGAAGUACGGCAAGUACUGCGGGCUGCUGUACAGCGGGUGCCCGGGGGAGCGGCCCUGCGACGGGCUCGACUCCUGUUGCAUGAACCACGACCUCUGCGUCCAGUCCAAAAACAAUGACUAUCUGAGUGAGGAAUGCAGCGAGAACUUGAUCACUUGCAUGAAGAACUUCAUCAAAUCAGGAGCACAUAGCUUCAAAGGCAGCACCUGCCAGGCCACCGACGUCAUCGAUGUCAUCUCUGUAGUCAUGGAUGCUGCCUUGCUUGCUGGUAGAUACUUGCACAGGCCCUGAUUAUAAGAAACAAACAACUGUUAU